AUGUCUCUCCUGCGUGAUGAGUCUCGCCCUUCUGAAUCAGAGGUUGCAUCGGAGGCCAAGCUGACAAGGAGAUUGGGUCACGAAGCUGAGAUCCUCGAGUACAGGAGAGAACGAGAGGCAAGUCCCUUCCCUGCCAGUGGCCGGAAUCUCGUCGACGCCCAUACUUCGUCACGCAAGACCUCUGGAGGAACAGGCUUUCCUUCCUCAGAUUACUCUCUUCAUAUGGACGACGAAGAGUCGAUGUCGGAUGGCAAGGCCGUAUCGGGCGCUCCAGAGGAAGACGGUCUUCUCGACAACGUUGGUUUUGAGUCUGAUCACACUACCUCCGAGGGCUCAGAGGUGCUUUCGCCACCCAUUGAGCCCAACAUCACUGCUCCUUUCUUGCGAGACAAUUACGCAGAUCUUAUCGAUGCGUACCCUGCUACCCACCGUCAUCGUAACGCUUCGGUGACCCUUGCCAACGGGGAAGGCGGAGCCGAUACCCCGAUGGAUAACGACGAAGACGACAACAAUAAGACCGCAGAUGCUGCCAACUAUGCUUCGACGCCUCCAGCUGCCACUAGUCUACGCCAAUUGAAUCCUCAGCAGAAAGGCCACGAACGCUCUUCCUCCUUCCCCACAUCCGAUAGCGUCAUCAGCCAGACCGCAUCCAAAUUGAGUACCCCGACGGGCGAUGCGACACCUCCAGCACUCUCGUCCUCGACGCACAAGCGCAUGGGCUCUGCCUGGACGGACUUCCGCAACUCCCCAAGCCCAGCCACAGGCACCGUCUCUCUUCCAUCGUACAGGAAGCAGCAAAACAGACAGGGAGGGCAACGUUGGUAA